AUGUCUUCUGACAGUGAAAAUGAAUAUGAUUUUACUCGUCACAAACGAGAAGAAUUUAAGUUUAAAGGAUUUAGACAAUUACUUAAAGAAAUGACAGUUUCUUCAAUACAUGAUGUUUAUAAUUCAGAAAGACAACAAAAAAGCCUUGAAGACACUCACAGCUAUACUUACGAUGCUUUAAUGAAAUGGAAAGAUGACGAUCGUACAGAAUCUUUUCAUAAUGCAUUUUAUUCAUUGAGACAACGCGCAACUACUUUACCAUUAUUAAUUAUCAAUCUUGAUGAUAUUAUGAAUACGUUAUUAUUUCAUCUUCAAAUUAAAGACUCACUUGCUGUCCAUUCAUUAUUAGAUAUUACAACUCAAAUCAUUCGUGAUGUUCGUGAUUUAUUUAUACCAUAUAUUCCUAAAAUUUUAGAAUAUUGUAAAAAUAAAUUAAUUGGAUGUACUGAUACAUCAGUUAUUUAUGAUAUAUUUAAUACAAUUUCUUUCAUGAUUAAAUAUCUUCAUUCUGUUAUUAUGGAACAUUCAGAGAUAUUUAUGCAACAUUAUAUUUAUUUCUUGUGUCAUAAAAAGGAUUACGUUAGGACUUUUGCAAGUGAAUCUAUGGUAUAUUUACUUCAUAAAAUGUCUCCUGAAGAGUUUAUUCAAUUUGUUGAUAAUAUAAUAUCAUUAUAUAUUGUUUCUGAUACAAGUAAUUUAAGUGUUUCAGAAAAAAAUUUCUUAAUUCGAGGAAUUGGUUCAUUGUUAUUUGAAAAUAUUAAAGGUGUUAAGAAUCAAUUAAUUGUAAAAAAUAAAAUUUAUAUUGAAUUAUAUUUUGAUAAACUUAUUAACGAUACUUCUCAAACUAGUGAAACAUGGUAUCAAGCAUUGUUAAUUUGUAAUAAAUCAAUUUCUAUACAAAAAAGAGAAGGAUUUGAUGAAUAUUUUGUGUUAUUAAAAAAUGCACUUCCAGAACAACCAAAAAAUCAAGAAUGCUAUGGUAAGAUAUUGGCUAUUGUUAUUCGUUGGGUUAUGUAUCGUUAUGGUAAAACAAUUGAGACAUGCGAAAAUGAUGUAGAAGAAAUUUUAAAAUAUACUUUUAAAUGUACAGAGUCUACAGAACAACAUUUAGAAUCUAUACCAUUAUUAGCAGAAAAUUCAAGGUUUGCUGAUGCAUUAUAUCAAUGUAUUAGUUGUUAUAUUAAGUAUUUAAGUAAUGAAGAAUUGAGAAGGUUAAUGGCAGAAACUACAAAACAGAUAGUCUAUUUUACAAUGAUAUUAAAAGAAUUAAUAAAAAGAAAUGACAUUGAUUCUCUUCAUAAAUAUUUCCCUUUAAGAUUUAUUCCAACUUUAUGGACAGAAGACUGCGAUCUUCUUACUCAACAUUUUACACGAUUUCCAGUAUCUUUAAUUAAUGACUUAGCACAGUGCUUUAAUGAAAAAGAAUUAACUGAUGAUUAUUGUAGUUUUAUUGCUGCAACUGGUGUUGCCUCGUUAAUAACAAAUAUAAAAGAUAAAGCAGUUAAUUAUUUUGAUAAAUCACCAAUUCCAGCCAGUGUUGUUUUAGCUCAUUUUGAUAAUCCAAUAGAAGAUAAAAUUAUCACUUAUUUGAAAAAUCUUAAAACAAAUCAAUACCUUUUUGCUCUUGCUUAUUAUGUACAACAAAGAAAGAUUGUAAUUGAAUUAAGUAAUGAAACAAAACAUAAAUUAAUGAAAUUCUUUGAAUCUAAAUAUUCACUCGAAAGAAGUGCUGCUGGAUUUUUACUUGUUAAUGGAGAUGAAAGACGUUCAAGAGAAAUUAUGUCUAUAAUGAAUGACAUUGAAAUUAAUCUUUCUAUGAUUAGAGGAAUGUUAGCGCGAAUAGAUUAUAUGAAGUCAAGAGCACUUCUUGGAAGUACUGAAUUAAGAGAGAUGAUGGUUCAUUUUUCUCUUGGAAUGUUACAAGUAAAGUUAUUGAGGUUAUGGGAUCCAUCUAAAGAUUUAAUUAAAAUUUGUGUACAAAAAGAUCCACAAUUAAUAGAAAUUGUAAUUCAAUUUAUUGAUGAAUUUAGUAGUAGAAAUGAACAUAUUGAAGAAGAAAGUGAAGAAGAAGAUAAUGAGAAAAUACAACCAGAUGGGCCACUUAUAUUCAGUCAAUACCCAUUAAGUUUAACUGAUAGUCAUACCAUAUCUAACUAUUUAUGGGAAAUUAUUCUUGAAAAUGUUGAUUUGAUUAAAGAAGGAAAAUACCAUGAGUGGUUUAUUAAUCAAUUUAUUAAAAGAUAUGAACAAGUGGAUGUUGCUGUAUUAAACAAAAAAGAAGUUGAAACAUUAACACAUUAUGUAAAUGUAUUAUCACAAAUUCAUAUUCCAGAAAAUGUGGUUAAUAUUUUAAUGAAAUUAUUAACUACUACUAAGACUGAAUUACAAAUAGAAAUAUUUAAUAGUAUUUGUUCUACUGAUUCUUCAAUUAAUAAAUAUAAAAAAGAAGUAUGUGAAGUAGUUAAUAAUCUUCAUAAAACAAGUCAAUUAAGAAAUUCUAUUCAAGGAAUUUCAAUAAAAGGUAAAGCAUUAAGUUUAUUAUGUAGAAUGUUAUUUGUACAUAUAGUUCAAAAAGCAGUUGAAAAAUCUGUCAAAAAGAUAUUAAUUGAAUUUAUUUCACAAAUUGAAGAUGAUGUAAGAAUUGAUUUCUUAAAUGAUACAAUGGAAGCUUUCUUUGAGUUUGUACAAAAUAAAAAGAGAUUUAAUAGAGGAGAAUUAGACUAUAUUCUUCAUACAUUACAUCUUAUUAAUUCUGCAUAUGGUUCAUUUUAUGGUUCAAAUGAUAUAAUUGGAAAAUUACUUCUUCAAAUAUUACAAAAAGAUCCUAGUGUUACAUGGGAUGUUCUUCGACUUAUCACUGCUUUUGCACAAUCAGCAGCUGAUGGAAAUAUUGAUCCAAAUCAAUUAUUUGACUUUAAAGUUAUUUAUUCAUUAGUUAUUGAUAAACACAACUUAAAAUUAUCAGAAUUUGUUGGAGAAACAUUAAUGGUAUUACCAAAUGCAAGUGAAUACAUACACUCAAUUCCUAAGUUACUUUCUUAUUUAUAUCAAUACAAUAAUAUUACUUCAGCUAAUGUUCAUCGACUCCUAGAAUUAUAUUUAAUGACUCAAGAUAUAGAAAUAUCAUGUGAUUGUAGUAAUUUAGUUAAAAGUGUCAUGUCAACAGUAUUACCUAAUUUUGACCAAAAUUAUGUGGCAUUUAUGUUAUUUAUAUUACCACACACUACAUUAAAUUAUAGUGAACUUCUUUCAGCACAUAUCUCUUUGACAAACGAACUACUUCUUCCAGUAAUUAAAGUAUUAUCUAACAAAGAUGAAUCUAUUGCAAUAUUAGCACAGUCAUUAAUUAAAACUUCAAAUAGUCUUAUUGAACAACAGAUUCUUCCAGAAUUAUUUAAUUGUGAAUUAGGAAAUAAAUUAAUACCAUUAAUCAAUUCUCCACUUCAAUUUUUCAAUGUUUUAAAAAAUAAUGAUUUUCCAUCAGGAAAAUUAUUGUUGUUUGUUGAAGAGUAUGCUUGUCAAGUUUCAUGUUCUAACAAUUAUCAAAUAGGAGAAAUAUCAACAACAUUUUUACUUGCCUUAUAUAAACAAACAAAACUACCAACUCUCAUUCCUCGUUUAAUUAAUUUUAUGUUAGAACAUCCAACGUUCCCAAUUGCUAAUUUACUUACAAAUUGUAUUAUAAUGAAUUCUGAAAAUGAAUUAUAUUCACUUGCUUCAAAUGGAUUCUUUAAAGCUCUUGUUAGAACUAACUAUAUUGCAUUAGAUAAGACUAAAGAAAUUAUCUCAACAUUAAAAGAGAAUGAAUUAGAUCUUGUUAGAAGACUUGUUGGUAAUGCUAUGGAAUUACAAGAAGAUAAGAAAACAAGAAUUAAAUUCAAUGAUAUAAUAGGAUUGGUAUAUAGUCAGUUUGAAUGGAACACAUAUGAGCACAACGUUAUGUUAAUUAUUGACUUUUUAAAAGAUUGUAUAAAGAAAAGAACCGAAUCACUUGGGUAUUUAGAAGAAGCUCAAGCAAAUGAAAGAAAAGAAGAUAUUAGAAAAUAUAAUAAAAUUAUUGAAGAAAUUGGAAGAUUAACUCGUAUUAGAUUUAUUGAGUUAAGAUCUGCUAUUUUCAAUUUCCAUUUUGAUAUUGGAGGAGAGUUUGAUGUUAAAGAAUUAAAUAACUUUGCUAUCAUUGGAGAUCUUCCAUUUGAAAUUACAGACCAAAAUGAAGAGACACUACAAAUGACACAACAACGAAUUAUUAGACAAAGUGUUAUAUUAAGAAUAAUUCCAGGAUUAAGUGAAUUGAUGCAAGACAAACAUAUUGGAAAUAAAAAAAGUGAUAUUGUUAGAAUGUUAGUAGAGUUAUUAUGCAGAUUACCUGAAGAUAUGAAACGACUUCAAUUACCACAAAUGAUUCAAUUAAUUGUCAAUGAGUUCCAUGAAAAAACAUUUGAACCAAGAGAAAUUGCAAGAAAACAAUUAGUUGAAAUUUUAUGGAAAUUAGGUGAUAGUUAUUUUGCUGAUGUUAUUGAUGAAUUAUAUAAUGGGCUUCACAAAGGAUUUAUGAAGCAUGUACUUGGAUACACUAUUGAAUUUUUAUUGAGAAAUAUUUGUGAUAAAGUUUAUGAAGAUACAACACACGAAACUAAAAUGGAAGAAGAAGAGGAAGAAAAGCAUAAAGAACAUAUUGAUGAGGGUUUAGAAGAAGCACAAGAAAAUCAAAUGAUAGAAGAUUUUAGUCAUUUUAAUAUAAGUAACUCUAUAGAGACGUUAUUAAAAAUUGUAUAUGAAGAUCUUACUGGACCAGUGGCUGAGCAACGAGAAAUUGGAAAAAUUAGAAAUGAGGUAGUAGAAGCAAGAGAAUGUAAGUCAUUCCUUACAUUUGGGCAUAUAGGAAAGUUAGUUGAAGAAGUUACAACAUUAGACAGAAUAAUAGAAUUUAUUAAAGACGAUUUAAGACAAACUAAGAAAUUACAAGAAGCAUUAGAAAUGGAUAGGUUAUUAAGAGAAUGUGAAAAAGGAUUAAAUGAAAAUAAAUUCUUUACAAAAGAACAAUUAUACCAUUAUGGAAUUAGUGUUAUUCAGAAAUGUUAUUAUGUACCUCAAUUAAAGGAUAUUCUUAUUAUACCAAAAAUUAAAUUAGCAGGACAAAAAGCGAAAGAACGAAUUAUGUUCAAAAAAGAAAAGAAUGCAAUAGAAAUGAUGGAUAAUGGAGUUAUUGAUAAACAACAACAUUAUCAUAUUCUAGUUGAAUUUGGAUUAAAACUUGUUGUAGAUAGUAUAGAAAGUAUUUCUGGAAAUGAUAAUUUAUUGAGUGAAACAGAAGAAUUAGCAAAGAAGUGUUGUUUAAUGAAAAAUGAAAGAAGUAUUAUGUUAGCAGUCAAAAUAUUAAGAACUGUAUUAAAAAAGAGAAACCGAAUGGAAGAAGGAUAUACUAUUGGAUGCAAAAUAAUUCAAUCAUUACAAAAGACAGAUACAGAAUUAUAUAGUCAAGCAUUAUUAUUUAUGACUGAUAUUAUUAAACGAUGUGAUGAAAAAUUUAAUCCAAAAGAUUUUGAAACAGUACUAAAUAUUAUUGUGACUAAUAUUCAAGACAGUAAUAAAUCCACAGCAAAUUUCUUGUUUUUAAAUUCAGUUAUGAAAAAAGGUAUUAUUCAUCCAACUUUAUAUGAUGUAAUGUUAGAUUAUGGUAAACUUAUGAUCCAAUCUUCUGAGGUAAAAACAAGAAAGGAAUCACAAGAAUUACUUAUUACAUUUUUAACUAAAUAUCCAUUAUCUAAAAGCCAAUAUAAAAUGUAUGUAGAGUUCUUUAUUAAAAAUAUUGAUUUCAAAGAACCAGAAUCAAGAUGUGCUAUUGCAGAUUUAUUAUAUGUUGUUAUUGAUAGAAUGAAUGCAAAAGAAGCAAAUGAGGGAAUUAACUAUAUUUAUAUUCCAAUAAUUUUAAGAAUAUCAAUUGAAGAUUAUAAGAAAGCACAAACAAAACAAAUUAAUGUAUUAAAGUCAUUUAUUACAAAAAUUUCUAAAGAGCAAAUAAAUAAAAUUAUUAGUAUGAACAAUUCAUGGAUGAAAAACCAAAAAGGAAGUAUUAGAAAAGUAGGGUGGAUAGGAAAUUGUAUUUGUGUUAAUAGAUUAAAGAAGACAAAAGAUGAAUAUAUUAAUAAAAUUAAAGAAUUAUAUUCUAAAGAACAAGAUAAUGUUAGAGAAGAAAUGGUAAGAUUCUGCAUGGAUAUUGAAUGUUGUGACCAACAAAUAUUUGAAGAAAUAAUGAACACGCCAUCAGUCAAUGGAGUCGCAGAAUAUUUAUUAAUAAUGAUAAAUAAAAUUCAAAAUUAUCAAAAAGUUAUUGAAAUUGCAGUACACAUGGUUAUCAAUAAUACUAAUGUUAUUGAAUGGACUAAAAUAACUAAAAAUGUUAUUGAACAGCACAAUGAAAUGGUUGUAAAAUUAAUAAAUAUAUUAGGUAAUCAAGCAAAUGAAAGUAGUGUAAAGAUGGUAGCUUCAUUGAUAAGUAUUAUUGAAAAAGAUGAAAAUUAUAUAAGUCUUAUUGUGCAAUACUUAUUGCCUGUGGCUAGUUCAAAAGAUAAACCAGUUGCAUUAUUGGCUCAAGAAGUAUUAAAUAUAGUAAAGACAUUUAUUGAUCCAGAGAAAUAUCUUUCAUUGAUUCAAAAAGAUUAA